CUUGUUUCAUGAUGGCUUCAAGAUUUGGGAGCACACACACUCACCACACACACACACACACACACACACACACACACACACACACACACAUCUUGGGACGUGUGUGGGAUAAGGGCGGAUCAGGAGAGAGACGCCGGGCCGCCAAGAGACGGCAGAUGUUCGGUGAGGCCAGCUCUGGGCAGUGUUCCACGUCCAAGAGAACAAUGCGACUCUUAAAACCCCUCAUGUGCUCGUCGACCCUGCGCUUAAUCAUGACUGCCUUGUGAGUCUUUCUCUCUCAGGCUCGGCGUUUCUUCGUGCAAGCCCCAAGUGCCCCUCCCUUCCCUUUCGUUGCGUCUCGCUCUCUUUUCUCAUUCUCUUGAGACCUUGAGCUGGUCUCGCCGAUAGCUGUGCUAUCUUGAUCGAUUCAAUUCUUUUCUAUUUUAUUUCUUUCUUUUUCUUGAUUAGCUUCGAAGAGAGCGUGCGUAGGCGAGGAAGAGGAACCGGCAAGGAGAACGAGAGAACCAGAGAGAACUCGGCAGCAGACACGCAAAGAUGAGGUUCACCUGGUGGACUUUGGCCUCGGCCGCCGCCGUGUUGGCGGUGCCGGCUCCUCAGGGAGGUCAGCAAUCGCCAACCCCGACAUCCAGCAGCGGCGCCCCAACGGCGCCCGCAUCGCCCAACGCCAACAACGCCUGCGCUCAGAUCCAGCCCAAGGCUCAGGAGUUCCUCCAGGCGAGCCCGAAAGCAUCCCCCCAAGUCCCCGCGCAACUGGCCUUCGACUGCCUCCAAUCCGUGCCAAACAAGCCGGGCCCGGCCAAGGACCUGAUCAAGAGUGUCAAGGCCUACGCGCAAUGGCAGUCGACCCUGGCCUGGCUCAAGUCGCCGCCGGCGUCGUACAUGCUGCCGGCCACCGACAUUGAGGCCGGUCUAGACGACAUCGAGAGGAAGGCCGAGGCCGGCCAGUACAAGAGCGAGUACGAAUUCCAGCUCGCCAUCUUCCAGCUCAUCGCCUCGGCCCACGACGGCCACUUUGCCUUCCGUGGCGACGUGUUCAAGGGCUUCAGCUUCCGCAACAAGCUUGCCCAGGACAUCGUCUCCGUGUCCCGCGACGGCGUCGAGGUCCCCAAGCUGUACCAUCUGUCCCAGCUCCAGAACGGCACCUCGGCCCCCGCCAUCGUUAGGAUCAACGGCCAAGAUGCCGUCACCCUCAUCUCCGACCUCAACCUCAAGUUCAGCGGCUUCCAGGACCCGGACUCGCAGUGGAAUGCCAACUUCCGGUCGUACGCUUCCAACGAGAGCUUCCUCGUCGUCGCCGCCUCCCUCGCCUUCCAGGGCAACAAGGUGACGUUCACCUACGACAACGGCGAGGAGCGCUCCGAGGACAGCUUCGCCCUCAUCCGCAAGGGCGCCAACUUCACCGGCGUCAACAGCGGCGAGGACUACUACAACAGGUUCUGCAACCCGGAGAGCGCGCCCAAGCCCACGCCCUCGGCCCCGGGCACGAUGCCGAACCAGACGAACCCCAACGCGCCGUCCAAGCCCAGCGGCCCGCCGCCGCCUCCCAAGCCGACCAUCGAGGGAUACCCCUUCCCCGUUGUCCGCGACAGCGGCGCCAACACGACCGCCGGCUACUUCUUGAACGGCACCGGCUACGACGACGUCGCCGUGCUCGCCGUCUCGGCCUUUGCUCCCCCCGACUCCAUCGACGCCGUCGAGUACUUGACCAACUUCCAGAGCACCGUGGCCGCCUUCUUGGCCAAGAGCAAGGAGACCGGGAAGAAGCGUCUCGUGAUCGACGUCGCCGCCAACGGAGGCGGCUUCGUCGUCGCCGGGUACGAGUUGUUCGCCCAGCUUUUCCCCGAAGUCACCCGCUUCCAGGCAAACAAUCUCCGUCUGUCUGAGGGCAUCGUCAACUUGGCCCGCCUGGCGGCCGCCAUCCCGUCCAACUUCACGCCGUCGACGCCCGAGGAGAAGGAGGCGAUCGAGGCGCUGAGCGCCAGCGCCGUCGUCAGCAACCUCCUCCCCGGCAGCAUCUACACGCCGGACGGGCAGGCCUUCACGACGGUCGACCAGAUCCUCGCGCCCGUCUCUCUCAAUGGCGAGAGCUUCACGGCCUACCAACAGGCGCCCCUCAACGAUACGGAUCCCACCUACAACCUCACGGGCGUCGGCACCAAGGCGAAUCCGCCCCCGCGCGUCUUCGACCCGGAAAACAUCGUCCUCUUCACCGACGGCACCUGCGGCUCCACCUGCACCCUCUUCGCCUACCUCAUGAUCCUGCAGAUGGGCGUCAAGACCACCGUCGUCGGCGGCCGCCCCAACACGGGCAUCAUGCAGUCCAUCGCCGGCGUCGAGGGCGCCCAGGUCUUCGCCUUCAACGACAUUACAGCCGACGCCAAGGCCAUCAUCGCCCUCGCCCCCAAGGACAAGAAGGAGGAGAUCAUGGCCGGCGAGCUUGGCGAGCUGGCCAAGGGCUACGCCAUCAAGCGUGCCACGGAUCCCAAGAACGGCGGCGGCAUCAACGCGAAGAACGCCUUUUCCAUGUCCGACGCCAAGACCCCGCUGCAGUUCCUGUGGGAGCCCGCCAACUGUCGCAUCUUCCACACCCGCGAGUCGCUCUUCAAGCCCGAUGCCGCCUGGAAGCGCGUCGUCGAUGCCACCUGGAGCAACCCGAUGCAGUUCUGCGUCGCCGGCAGCCAGGUGCCCGUCACCAAAAACGCCACCAUGGAUCCCCAGUACAGGCAGAGCAAGAACAACACUGGUCUGCCCGUCCAGGCUACUGCCGCCGAGGGCGUGUCCGGCGCCGGUCUGAGGCUCGCCGUCCUCAUUGCCGUGUUCACCGUGGCGGUGUUGAGUUUGUAGGGAACACGAGGG